AUGGUUUUAAUCCUCAGUGGAAAUCCACUGGCCCUCGGAGGUGAAAACACGUCUGUGGAAUGGGUUCCCACUUUCCUUAUUUGUUCGGGACUUUGCUGUAACAAACUUUGUUUAAAAGAAGAACUAAAAAUGGCUGAUGACAAAGUUAUUAUUGAAAACUUUUGUCCUGUAUAUUUUCCAUAG